CCUCGUCCGCCGACCCUCACCCACGCAUCCAGCAUUUGCCUGGCUGAAUUCUUCUCUUUUCUUCUCCCUGUUUUCGUCUGCUGUGCUUCUCUUCGCAUUCUGGGCGUUCAGGAAGCUGCCGGCGAUUGACGGCCAUCCCGCAGAGCCUACUCCAUCUUCACACCACCGCGCAUCUUCAACAUGACCAUCUGGGAUACGCUCACCGGCCGCAAGUCCGCUUCCUCACAAACGACGUCCGCGCCCGAGCCGCACGACAACUUCACACCCGCGGCUUUCGAUCCGAGCUCCGCCAUACAAAACCCGUCAGAGUUCAUCUACGAUCCGUCGCAACUGCACCCGCUCGCCGGCCUCAACCAAGACACGCUCGACUAUCUAAGCCUCGAAGACUCGGUACUCUCAGACCUCCCCGGCUCGCAAUCUGCGCUCCCCUCGCGCGGCUGGUCCGACGACCUCUGCUAUGGCACCGGCAUCUCAUACCUCUCCGCACUCUCCAUUGGCGGCGCAUGGGGGCUCGCAGAAGGCCUACAGAAAAACCCGCCGACAAUGGCACCUCGGUUACGGCUCAACGGCGUGCUCAACGCGGUAACACGUAGGGGCCCGUUCCUGGGGAACUCGGCCGGCGUCGUGGCUAUGGUGUAUAAUGGAAUCAACAGCACAAUUGGAUACUAUAGAGGGAAGCAUGAUGUGACGAACAGCGUGGUCGCGGGCGCAUUGAGCGGUGCCGUUUUCAAGAGCACGAGGGGACUACGGCCCAUGAUGAUUAGCUCCGGCAUUGUUGCAAGUGUCGCAGGGACAUGGGCGAUGUUCCGGAAGGUGUACUUCGAGAGCGACUAAGCGACGGCCCGAUCAGACGAAACUAUGACUACUGGAGCAGCCGACGAACGAUAACAGGGGACGGGCUUGCAGCUUCUCUUCUUGCGAAACUCUUUCUUGCAUUACUACUUUCUUCGUUCUGUCUCACCACUCUUCUCGGGACUACCCACUGUAACAUAGAUGGCUGCUAAUACUGAGGAGAACAGUAUAGGACAGUCUAGAAUGGGCGGUGUUUAGCGGUCUGGCAUCACGGCGGCUCAGCAUUUGUAAGACCAUGGAAUGUGGAAAAUAAUAUUGACGAUUGUUUAGAAGCACUAGCCUCAGAAGAUCAUUUCGUUUAAUGCACUUAGCUAAUAAGCUAAGCAUACGACUCCCCGAGAUUGCUG